AUAAUCUCGAAGCAAUGUCGUAUUCUGUUGAAGGGAGAAGAAGAGCAAGCGGAGGAAUGCUUCCGCUGCUUGCGCUCAGCACCGUCGCUGAGUACUACAGGCUACCGUGGAAACCGCCGGUUACGGCGGGUCUAUUAGCCGCCAACACACUCAUCUAUCUCAGACCGGCGUUUAUCGAUCAGAUUCUCCCUCACAUCAAUGAGGUCUGGUUCAAUCCAAACCUCAUCCUCAAGCACAAGGACUUGAAACGUUUCUUUCUAUCACCGUUCUACCAUCUAGACGAGCCUCACUUAGUCUACAACAUGAUGUCUCUUCUCUGGAAAGGUAUAAAACUCGAGACAUCCAUGGGAAGCAGCGAGUUCGCUUCAAUGGUCUUUACACUUCUCGGUAUGUCACAAGGAGUUACAUUGCUUUUAGCCAAAACCCUCCACGUCUUCUUAGACUACGAAAGACCGUAUUACAAUGAGUAUUCUGUGGGAUUCUCUGGCGUCAUCUUUGCUUUGAAAGUUGUUCUAAAUGCUCAGGAUGAGGAUUAUACUAGCGUGUAUGGUAUCAUAGUUCCGACCAAGUAUGCUGCUUGGGCAGAGUUGGUUUUAGUGCAGAUGUUUAUGCCUAGUGCUUCGUUUCUUGGGCAUUUAGGUGGGAUUCUUGCUGGUAUUCUCUAUUUGAAGAUUAAGAGUUCUUCUCACUCAGGUUUAGACCCUGUGGCUAUGGUGGUUAAAGGGGUUACUUGGCCGUUGAGGUUUCUGAGCAGUAUGGUUAGGUCUCGGAGGAGGAGGAUAUCAGGGAGAGGAAGAGUUGGGAGAGGACCUGGUAUAUGGAGAUGCCAGUCGUGUACUUAUGACAAUUCUGGUUGGCGAAGUGUUUGUGAGAUGUGUGGUUUGGGACGGGGUAGAGGAAACGGAUGGUCAGUGAACCAGGGACAGACACAUUCUUCUUGGUCUAGUGAUAUUCCUUUAGAUGAGCUGCGUCGUCGAAGAGUAGAGAGGUUUAGUUAAUCUUGUGGGACUGUGAAUGAAGCUUAAGCUGGAUUCAUUCAUUGCAUUAUCAUAUGAUUGUAGAGCUUAGUGGUGUUUCUUCAAUGUAUAUUCUCUUUUCAUGUGUUUUAUAGAUGGUGGAAUUACAAAUAGUGUUGGCAUAAUGAAUAUGUAACUAACUAAACCAGAUGUGUGAAUCUCCACCUUUUAAAAUUCAUGAAAAGAGAUAACGGUGUCAUGAGAUUGAUGGACAUGAAAAAAAAGAUAUUGUCAGUUCAAUACCGAAUUG